UCCCUGAACAAAGUAGCUAUUAUAGUAACAGAUGGGCGUCCCCAAGAUGGUGUGAAGGAUGUAGCGGCCAGAGCAAGAGCUCUUGGGAUUGAAAUUUUUGCCAUUGGUGUGGGCCGUGUAGACAUGCACACCUUGCGGCAGAUUGCCAGUGAGCCCCUGGAUGAGCAUGUAGACUAUGUGGAGAGCUACAGCGUCAUUGAGAAGCUGACCAAGAAGUUUCAAGAAGCAUUCUGUGCUGUAUCAGACUUGUGUGCCACGGGAGACCACGAUUGUCAGCAGAUCUGUGUCAGCACGGGUGCCUCAUACACAUGCGCUUGUAAAGAGGGGUUCACACUUAACACCGAUGGGAAAACCUGCAGUGCCUGCAGUGGAGGGGCUGCAACAGAUCUUGUUUUCCUGAUUGACGGCUCCAAGAGUGUGAGACCUGAGAACUUUGAGCUGGUGAAGAAGUUUAUCAACCAGAUUGUGGAUUCUCUGGAUGUGUCAGACAGAAAUGCACAUGUUGGCCUGGUCCAGUACUCUAGUUCAGUCAGACAGGAAUUCCCACUUGGGCGAUUCAGUUCUAAGAAGGAUAUUAAAGCAGCAGUGCGAAAGAUGUCCUACAUGGAGAAAGGGACCAUGACUGGCCAAGCCUUGAAAUACUUGGUGGACAAUUCCUUUGCCAUCUCCAGUGGAGGAAGACCCGGCGUCCCUAAAGUGGGAAUUGUAUUUACAGAUGGACGGUCACAGGAUUACAUCAAUGAUGCAGCCAAGAAAGCCAAAGAACUAGGCUACAAGAUGUUUGCUGUUGGUGUUGGCAAUGCUGUCGAAGACGAACUGAGAGAAAUCGCGUCUGAACCAGUGUCGGAGCAUUAUUUCUACACUGCUGAUUUCAAAACCAUCAACCAAAUUGCAAAGAAACUACAGAGUAAAAUCUGUGUUGAAGAAGAUCCAUGUGAAUGUGAAGCCAUUGUGAAGUUCCAGACAAAAGUGAAUAAUCUCAUAAAGGCACUGACACAGAAACAUAUCCUUUGACAACUGUUUUCAACACAUGGCGUUAAAAUAAACUAA